AUGGCGGACCUCAAACGAAGCCACCCCGGUAUCCAUGACGAUUUCGCGGAGGAAAUCAUCAUUACCCCCAAUGGAGACUGGACUAUCGAGGAGGAAACUCGGGCCAAGCGGAAGUAUGUUCCAUCUACCCAAAUUGAGCAUGCGGAGAUUAAUGCGUCCAUAUUCUUCAGGUUAGACUUUCUGAUCAUGCCCAUCCUCACGCUGGGAUUCUUUUGCCUCCAGCUUGAUCGCGGCAAUAUGGCCAACGCCAUCACGGAUGAUUUCAUGGAGGAUGUUGGAAUCAACCAAGACCAAUUCAACGUUGGCCAGCAAAUGCUGUCUCUUGGUAUUGUGUUGACUGAGAUUCCGUCGAACAUGAUUCUUUACCGUGUUGGACCAGGGAAAUGGCUUACCAUGCAGCUGUUCCUCUUCGGUAUUGUCAGCACUUUCCAGGCCUUCCAACGCGGCUACGGUGCCUUCAUUGCAACUCGCCUCCUCCUCGGCAUUACCGAGUCUGGUUUUAUCCCGGGUGGUCUAUGGACUCUUUCCACGUGGUAUACCAGGGAUGAGACUGCCAAACGCGUGAUGGUAUUUUACUUUGGAAACCAGCUUGGCCAAGCUUCGGCGAAGCUGCUGGCGUACGGCAUUCUCCACAUGCGGGGGGUAGGCGGGCAGCCUGGCUGGUUCUGGCUCUUCGCAUUGAUGGGUGCCUUUACUGUGUUCUCUGGCUUUAUCUUUGGCUUUUUCCUGCUCGACUCCUUCAAGAACCCCCACAGCACGUUUUUGCCAACGGUCUCCUGGUUCACUGAUCGGGAGCUACACAUCUUGCAAACACGGGUCCUGCUCGAUGACCCCAACAAGGGUAAGAAGAAGCGCAAGAUUGGUGCUGAUGCCUUCAAGCGAGCGUUCCUGAACUGGCGGAUCUGGGUCCAUUUCCUGAUCACACUAUGCAACAAUGGACCCCAGCGCGCAUUUGACACAUAUGCUCCGUCUAUAGUAACUAGCUUUGGCUUCGGCAGUCUGGUCAGCAACGCCAUGGCCGCUGUUGGACUGUUUUUGCAGGUCCCAGUCUCAUUUGCAUUCAGCUGGGUGUCAGACCAUUACAAUCGUCGCGGAGAGACCGUUAUGCUAGGCUUUUUUUGCCAUCUUGUGGGCUAUAUCUUCAAUCGCACCUUCACCGACGUCUCGCUGCGCGGAGUUCGCUACUUCGGCGUCGUCUGGACGCAGACGUUUGGGACAUUCUCUCAUCCACUGAACAUCGCGUGGUUAUCGCUUGUAUGCGAUGAUUCGGAACAGCGUGCGCUCGCUAUGGCCGGCGUUAUCAUGAACGCCAACAUCGCUGGUAUCUACGGCGCUCAGAUCUUCCGUGCAGACGACAAUCCCCUUUACCGUCGCGGUUUCAGCGUCGCUCUUGCGGUGCUCUCGGUUGGCCUUGUGCUGGCAAUCGUUCGGUUUAUCGACACCCUGGUCCAGCGCCGCCGUCGGAGAGAGGCUAUCGUAGGGGAUCCAAGUGCAGUGGGGCAUUCCAAUUAG